GGGCCUGGGGUCCCACGGGACUUCAGUGGUUCCAGGACUGAUUUCACUGCCAUCACUUAUAUAUGGUUAGAUAUGGAUUCAACUUGUUUGCUGUGAGGUUAAGUGUCUGAAUGUCUACAUGUCUAUACAUCUUCAAAACUACACACAAAAAUUGCUAAAGACAAGAAAUUUGGGAAUAUUAAAUUUACAAUACAAUUUAGGAAACCAAACAGAAAGGAGGUAUACUAACUGGGUUAGAAGAUUAUAGCUGUAAAUUGUUGGGACUUAAGAAAAACCACACAUUUAGACAAAUAGUUUCUCAAUCUUCUUUAUCCAGAAACUCUUACUAUUCAACAUAUCUCCCCUACACCCACACCCAAAGAGCAGUCAGUUUAGAUACAAGUUUGAGAAACAGAAAGGAGGGGACAAAGGUUGGAGGAUGUCAAGGCCAAAGGAUAGGCCUCUCCUCUAGUUCAGAGGACUCUCUGUCUGCCUCACACCCUCUUCUCCCUGGGGACUGGCUGUGUGCUGACUGUCCCCCUGCUGGGAUACAUGAACAGUAACAACAGUGGACCCCUGGUCCCCUCACCGAUGGGAGGCAACAAGGAUAAGCUGCCCUCACACUUGCUAUGCUAACAGAACAGGAAAUAUUAUUUUACCUGUGGCAUAGACAAAUGUCUAACAUAGAAGCAUGUUUUAUAGUGGGAAUUUGCUAUACAGAUCUAUUAACUACAUUCUUUCUCAUUAAAAAGUGGCUUAACUGAAUUAUAUUCACUCAAAAACUGGUUUAUAGUGCUAAAAUCAAAAUUCACUUAUGGCUUUUAAUAUCAAAACCAAAACCCAAAACUGCAGCUAAAACACACUAUUUGAUAAAGCAAAGGGAAUCUUGCAGUCUCUGGGAAUAAGUAAAAUCCCUCUUUUGCAAGUGAAACAUUUCUCUUUCACUCAUAUUCCAAAGUAAGUGAAGAAAUUAAAGCUGCAUGAAUGGUCCCUGAAUAAGUUCCUCUGUUUGGGGAAAAAAAAAAAAAUCAUUAGGUUCAAGUAUUAAAGAAACUUGUGUCUACAUUAUACAAGUUGAAUCCUUGACCCAUUGUUUACUUGCUGUCAAAUGAUUGGGCAGUUUCUUUUCACUAUAAUUCCCUGCCAACACAAAACCAUCGCGAAGAUCCAGGAGCACAGCGAACGGGGGUCAAUGCUACAGGGCUCAUGGGUUGCAGGGGAGGACGACAGACCUCAGGCCCUUGCCUAAGUCUCCCCAUCUCAUAAGCUGGUCAAAGUGUCCCUGCCUGCUGACUCAAGGCCCAGACAUUUAUCCAUUCCUCCCCCAACCUCUCCAUUUCUUCACCUACUUGUUCAGUCAGAAAUUCAACCAAUAUGAAAUGCCUCUUCUCUACACACAUAUGCAACACAUGCCAACUCUCAAGGAAUGCAAUUUAGUGGAGGAGAAAAAGCAAGUAAAUAUGCAGUAACAAUGCAAACAUGUGCCACUACAGGGAUAGGUACCAAGUGCUAAGGAAACCUGCAGGGAUGAACAACCAGCCCAGCUUCGGAGGGCAGAGAAACCAGCCCAGCUUCGGAUGGCAGAGAAAGCUUCCUGAAGAAGGUAGCUACAAGAACAAAGAGCAGCAGGCCAUGCCAUCAGGUGGGAGACAGUGGUGAGGAAUGCCACAGUGGGUGGAACAGCAUGUGAGAGGCAGGAAGAGCAAAUGUAGCCAGUCCAGAGGGCUGGAAUGGAGAGCAAGAUGAGGAAAAAGUGAGAGCUCACCCCAACCUGAAGCCAGGCCUAUGGAGAGCCCUCAGGUGCUCCUGGAUGCCUCCUCUAAGAGUCUGGCAAUUCAGAAACAAGAAUGCCCCUGUGUACCGUGAAGAAUUCAAGUCUUGAUGAAAGGACUCUUCUAGACACAUGCCAUCAAUGUAUCUGUUGAUUUUAGCCAAUGGGGAAGCUAAUCAAUACUUAAUUUUAGAAAAGUCCUAAGCUAUGUGAAUAAGGCAAAGGACAGAUUAGGUCUGCAUGCAGGCAGAUUUCUGUCCAGCUGAAACAUCAAACUCCUGUGUGAUGAAUGAAAUAUAACAUCACAUAUAAAAAACUGAUGAAUGUGAUUCAGCCAUAAGAAGUCCUAUCUAGUGGACAGAUCAAUAUAAUUACCUCGUAAGAAGUUAUUACAGCGGGAGAAACUGGACCUGGCUUUACCUUGAGUUCUUAAGCAAGUAACUGGCCUUCAAUUUCUUCAUCCACACAAGAAAUAGUUGCUAUGGUUGUCUCCAACACUUCUAAAACCCAUCAUUCUGGCAGAUGAUGCAGACUUCAAGCAUCAAAGUACACAAACUGAAGAAACUUUAUCGUUUGUAUAUAAUUAUCUUAAAUAUAUGCCAUCAUUUCAAGGGGAGCUUAUGCUAAGUGUGACUUCAUAAACAAAUCAUUUGUGAAAGAGAAAAACCACAUCCAGGGUAAAGUCAUAAGGUGAAAAAGCCUAUUUCAGAGAGCACUUCCUGAAAGAGACAAAGCAGCAAUUAAAGUCAGCCCAGCACCAACUCUGAUGCCAAGCGUUACACUGGAAACUACUUUUUAAAGCAACAAGAGUCUAAAACAAAAUACAACAUUUCUUAAAUACACUGUUUCCAGAAAGAGCUAUUUUAACAGAAGCAACUCAAAGAUAUCCCUUCGACAGAAGUGGAAGUGCUGAAAAAUGCUCAUCUCUCAAACAGACUUUUGAUGGACAGGAGGUGCUGCUUUCUGUGAACCACUGAAGUAGAGCAGCUGAAAUCACAAAACCUGGAAGACUUGGCAUUAUGUACUCCCAAUUGUGCACUAGAAAACAGCUCAUCUAUUGCUCUAACAGUCUAGUUCUUGAUCUGCUGACCAUGACACAAAACAUUGCUGUUUCUCGACCUAUGAUAAUUUAAAGAGAACAUAAGUUUCUAAGUAUCAUGCCUACCAACAAGCUGUAAAAUGAUCACCCUGAACAAUCAAGAUCAACCUGUCCCUUUUAACAGCUCACAUCCAGAUGAAUACAAAAUUGCAGCCCUUGUCUUCUAUAGCUGUAUCUUCAUAAUUGGAUUAUUUGUUAACAUCACUGCAUUAUGGGUUUUCAGUUGUACCACCAAGAAGAGAACCACGGUAACCAUCUAUAUGAUGAAUGUGGCAUUAGUGGACUUGAUAUUUAUAAUGACUUUACCCUUUCGAAUGUUUUAUUAUGCAAAAGAUGAAUGGCCAUUUGGAGAGUACUUCUGCCAGAUUCUUGGAGCUCUCACAGUGUUUUACCCAAGCAUUGCUUUAUGGCUUCUUGCCUUUAUUAGUGCUGACAGAUACAUGGCCAUUGUACAGCCGAAGUACGCCAAAGAACUUAAAAACACGUGCAAAGCCGUGCUGGCGUGUGUGGGAGUCUGGAUAAUGACCCUGACCACGACCACCCCUCUGCUACUGCUCUAUAAAGACCCAGAUAAAGACUCCACUCCCGCCACCUGCCUCAAGAUUUCUGACAUCAUCUAUCUAAAAGCUGUGAACGUGCUGAACCUCACUCGACUGACAUUUUUUUUCUUGAUUCCUUUGUUCAUCAUGAUUGGGUGCUACUUGGUCAUUAUUCAUAAUCUCCUUCACGGCAGGACGUCUAAGCUGAAACCCAAAGUCAAGGAGAAGUCUAUAAGGAUCAUCAUCACGCUGCUGGUGCAGGUGCUCGUCUGCUUUAUGCCCUUCCACAUCUGUUUCGCUUUCCUGAUGCUGGGAACGGGGGAGAACAGUUACAAUCCCUGGGGAGCCUUUACCACCUUCCUCAUGAACCUCAGCACGUGUCUGGAUGUGAUUCUCUACUACAUCGUUUCAAAACAAUUUCAGGCUCGAGUCAUUAGUGUCAUGCUAUACCGUAAUUACCUUCGAAGCAUGCGCAGAAAAAGUUUCCGAUCUGGUAGUCUACGGUCACUAAGCAAUAUAAACAGUGAAAUGUUAUGAAUAAUAAGGUUCUUUCAUUUCAAUCCCAUCAAAAUUCACUUCACUAACUACUCUGGCGUCAAUGGAUAUUCUGUAUAAUACUAUCAAGUCCCUUUUCUCUUGAAAAAAUAAAUUCAUUAUCUUCAUUUUAAAAACUUAUAUAAAACAUUUUUGUGAAUUAUUCAGA